AUGCAGAAGCACAGAUCUGCCUCGUCACCACUUUCAAGCACCAUCUCUUUUUAUUGGUACCUGGAUCUAAUAGUUUCAGACAUUCAGUAUCUUGUGCUGUCACUGUGUGCGGAGGCCAGUUUACACCUCAUCAUCAGAGCUCACAGGCCUGCAACCGCCUGGACCAGAAACGGAACAGAAGGUGUGUGGGGCUGCAGGGUACAGCCAUGGGGAACAGACGCAAGUCUUGACGACAUCCUCGCUGAGGACAUGCACCACUGGUAUAACAAGUUCAUGCGGGAGUCUCCAUCGGGCCUGAUAACACUUUUUGAGCUCAAGUCUAUCCUGGGACUGCAGGGGAUGAAUGAGGAUGCUAACAGUUAUGUGGACCAGGUGUUUUUCACUUUCGACAUGGAUGGGGAUGGAUACAUAGAUUUUGUGGAAUAUAUCGCUGCCAUUAGUUUAAUGCUCAAGGGGGAAAUCAAUCAGAAACUGAAAUGGUACUUCAAACUUUUUGACCAGGAUGGCAAUGGAAAAAUUGACAAGGAUGAAUUGGAAACAAUAUUUACUGCUAUACAAGACAUCACAAGAAAUCAUGACAUUUUGCCAGAGGAAGUAGUGGCUCUCAUAUUUGAAAAGAUUGAUGUUGAGGGAGAAGGUGAACUGACGCUGGAGGAGUUCAUUGAAGGAGCCAAAGAUUGUCAGUUCAUUUUGGAUGUGAUGAUGAUACUGAUGUGGGUUAUUAUUGUCGAAGGGCGACAGAAACCAAUCAAUUGGAGAUACCAAGCCUUGCAUCUCAGCUGUCCUCAGCUGAACAUUGAUCUACUAAUGCUAGAAGGGAUUCAGGAGACUAAGGAACCACUGGCAAGUCUUAGGAGUGAGCAGUGUGGGGCUUUUUAA